AUGGCUAACACUGCGUGCUAUUUGCCCUUUCUGCUUGAUUUAUCCGACCAUUGUGCAAUUCCUGCCUCUACUUUAUUGGUAAACAACGCAACCUUGAAAGUAGAGAAUCUUCCUUAUACUUAUGGAUUCUUCUUAUCUGUUUCCAAGAUGACAUUGUUGGGUAGCGCUGGUUUUGGGGCCGUUGUUCUGUUGGGGAUAGAAGAGGGCCGCCGGACAUGUGCCAAUGGAUUACCAGUUAUUCCAUCGAGUAUUCGAAUGCUUGGUAGAUUUGAGAAGAUAAAGAGCAUUAGGCAUCCGUCACUUUGUACCUACAUUGAACUUGUGCGAUGUACACUAGUUCCCAAUGCUGUCAUAUUGAUCUGCGAACAUCACGAUAUGUCACUCUCUGCUCUUUUGUCCACCAGACGACUUACUAUUGGGGAAAUUUUUCACAUCACUUGGCAUAUUGUUGAGGGGAUCGCAGUUCUCCAUGACGAAGGGAUAUGUGUUGGUAUACUUAAUUCCGACUCUAUUCUUAUACCGGAAAAGAAAAGGGACGGCUUAUUAGACGUUCGAAUCACUCAGUAUGCUGUGAGUUAUAUCUCAAAAGACGGUGCGGACAUACAAGGUGCACUGGCCCAUGGUUUUUCCAUUGCUCCAGAACAGCUUAUUAUCGGUACAUCAUCUUGCGGAACAACAUUUAAAGCGGACGUUUGGGCGAUUGGAAUAGUAUUACUGGAAAUGGCAACGGGUGUCCUGUUGCGUGAUGUUUGGUCAUUAAAGCAGUAUAUGACGGUUCUCAAAUGCAGCAUGGGUAGAGCAGAAAGAGGUUCACUUUUUCCUCCAAUCCUAAAAGCUCUGCAAUCUGCUUCCAGUAAGACAAGGGAUGUCUUGGAGUUGCAUGAAAAAUUGGUCGAAAUCAUCGAGAGAUGUUUGUCAUUACUGCCUUCACAUCGUCCUAGUGUAUCCGAGCUGCUGUUGGCUAUUCCUCCUGUUGAACAAAAUGGCGAUUCAACAUACUUUGAAUCUGUCGAGUGUUUGAGUGGAAGAAUCGCAGCCAGCAACUCGCGAAAAGAUUGGGUUUUGCGAGAAAUGGCUGUUGAAGAUGCGUUUUUCCUCUGGAGACUUUGCGGCUCUUCUGCCGAAGCGAUUCUUGUACGAAAUAACAUCAUCACGCUACGUCAUCCAUUGUUAACGAAUCCAAGCAUCGUUGUAGAAGACCUCCGAAUGUUUGGGAAUGAUGAGACGCGGAAAUUCUUUGUCAAACCUGGAGUGGUGAUGCUUCCCGAUAAAAACGUGCGAGAGAAACUCAUGUCAGUACCAUCAAUGGAUGUAUUUCUUCGUUCUUUUCUUGCUGCACCAGGAUCGACUAUUAAUCAUGACGACAAUUUGUCUGUAAUAGUAAAGGAAAAGGACAUGGUGUACCAGGCAUCUCGAAUGCGGCUCAUAAGUCAUCUGCUUAACUCUCGCUUCUAUAAACUGCCGGAACUCUUAUCGUCAGUUGCUUCGGAUGUUCCUCCAAUGCGUAGAGCUGACGUAUGGUGUGCCCUGUUGGACAUACGAUCUAGUGAUGAGUUGAAUUUCUUUCAAUGGAACACCAUAGCUGUUCAUGUCAGUGAUCGACAGUUGGACGUCGAUAUACCGCGUUGUCAUCAGUAUGAAGAACUGAUGACUUCACCUGCUGCACAUUAUUGUUUGCGUCGUCUUCUCAAGGCAUGGCUUGUCAGCCAUUCUCAAUAUGUCUACUGGCAAGGCUGCGACAGUUUGGCUGCACCAUUUCUUCUCCUUAACUUCAACAGUUUGUCUACUGCACUAGCUUGUCUCACAGCAUUCAUCAAAAAGUACCUUAACAAUUUUUUCUUGAAGGACAACUCAGCUAUAAUUCAAGAACAGUUAGCUGUAUUUAAUCAUCUACUUGCCUUUGUGGAUGCUAAAUUGUACACACGGCUCGCUUCCAUGGAUUUCUAUCCUGAACUGUUUGCUAUCCCAUGGUUCCUUACCUGUUUUGCCCACGUGCUACCUAUUUACAAAUUAUUCCAUGUGUGGGACCAGCUCUUGCAAAGGGAUUCUUCGUUUCCUUUAUUUAUAGUUGAAGCGUCCUUCAAUGAUGCUAUAUUGCUGUUUUCGGAUCUUCCAGAUCUUUCGAUGGAGGUGGUAGUAGCGGAUUCUAUUGCAUAUUAUGAUCGUGUUCCUCCCAGCUGUGCCUUUCGCUCACAUUCAAUUCCUAACGAUUGUAAAAGCCCGCCUCCUCGAGGGCUUCCCUGCAGUCUACAGAGUCUACACUAUCAAGAGCUAAAAAAGUGGCAUUGUCCUCGUAUUUCAAGGGAAGAGUUUGCCUGGAGAGUGUCUGAUCAGUUGAUUGUUGCAAUCGAUAUACGACCGCAGAUCGAGUUUGGAAGAGGAUGCGUAUUGCGUUCAAUCAAUUACCCCAACGUUAGCGACCUCUCGCUGCUGAACAUUGCUGAACCUCUCAGAGUCGCUCAGAGGAACCAACAUCCAAUUUGUAUAAUUGGCGGAAAGGAUGUGGAAAUAACUCGUAAGUUUUCUGGCGACUUGGUAAGCAUGGGGAUUGAUGGGGUUUGUGUGCUGGACGAAGGCUUUGAGGCAAUUCGUCAUGAUACUUCACUUAUUCAUGUACCUCACUAA